AUGCUGUGGGCUGCGCUGCUCGCGUUGCAGGGCGUGUGUGUGGGCGCCGCACACGGCAUGCAGCACUACCCGGCGGCGUGGGGCCACUACGACGUGUGCAAGUCCCAGAUCUACACCGAGGAAGGCCUGGCCUGGGACUACAUGGCCUGCCAGCCGGAGGCCGUCGACAUGACAAAGUACCUGCGUGUGACCAUCGACCCCCCCAACAUCACGUGUGGCGACCCUCCGGAGACGUACUGCGCACUGGAGAAUCCGUACAUGUGCAACAACGAGUGUGACGCCUCCACGGAAGAGCUGGCCCACCCCCCGGAGCUGAUGUUUGACUUUGAGGGCCGCAACCCCACCACCUUCUGGCAGUCCACCUCGUGGAAGAAGUACCCCAAGCCGCUGCAGGUCAACCUCACCCUGUCCUGGAACAAGACCAUCGAGCUGACGGAUGACAUCAUCCUCACGUUCGAGUCGGGCCGUCCGGAGCAGAUGGUGCUGGAGAAGUCCCUGGACCAGGGCCGCACCUGGACGCCCUACCAGUUCUACGCCACCGACUGCCUGGACGCCUUCACGAUGGAGCCUAAGACGGUGAACGAGCUGACGCAGCGCACCCUGCUGGACAUCAUCUGCACCGAGGACUACUCCCGCGGCUACGUGUGGAAGAACGACAAGACGGUGCGCUUCGAGAUCAAGGACCGCUUCGCGCUGUUCGCAGGGCCCCGCCUCCACAACAUGGCCUCUCUGUACGGACAGCUGGACACCACCAAGACCCUGAGGGACUUCUUCACCAUCACGGACCUGAGGAUUAGGCUGCUGAAGCCCGCUACCGGAGCUACCAUGGUGGACGAGAACAACCUGUCGAGAUACUUCUACGCAAUCUCCGACAUCAAGGUCCAGGGCAGGUGCAAGUGCAACCUGCAUGCCAACACCUGUGUGUACGACAAGGGCAGGCUGGGCUGUGAGUGUGAGCACAACACCACAGGACCCGACUGCAGCCGCUGUAAGAGACAUUACCACGGCAGGGCCUGGAGCGUGGGCUCCUACCUGCCCAUACCAAAAGGAACGGCCAAUAUAUGUAUUCCCAGUGGUCACGGAGCUUCAGAUCGGGCAAAUGCUUCAUCCCUUGGUGUUGCAAAUCGUAACCAAGCGCGGGUGUGCGACAACGCGAUGCUGCGCUGUCAGAACGGCGGCACCUGCCACCACCACCAGCGGUGCCACUGCUCUGCGGGCUUCACCGGCGUCCUGUGCGAGAGGGCGCGCUGCUCGGGGGGCGAGUGCGACGGCCAGUCGUCCGGACAGGACCCCCUGCUGCUGCUGCUGCUGCAGCCCAGCCACCACAGCGGCCCCCUGGGGGCCCUCGCCGCCCUGGCGCUGCCCCUGUUGUCCAUGACGCUCUGCUGA